GGGGGGGGGGCAGUCGAGGACUUUAUCAGAGUGGAACCGACAACAACCACAAGCCUGGAGAGCCAGUCCUUCUCUGAGCUGCUCUUGUUUUGUUCUGUGUGGAAAUUCCUUUGAGACGUCACUGCUGAACACUCAGCUGAACAACCACACUCAGCUGAACAACCACAGCCAAGAAAGACUGUUGUGGUUGCUUGUCAAACUAUAGUGUGUGUGGAGAUAGAGCGAGGAGCAUGUUUGACUGUAUGGAGGCUCUUGCCCCCCGGCCGCUCUUUGACGUAUCCACUCAGGGGGCUUGCAUGUUGGGCAAGGCCACCCCCUUCUUCCCUGGUCUGGACCACUUUGCCUGGGCUGGGAUGGCCAGUGUUCAGUCAGUGGAGACCCAGAGCACCAGCUCUGAGGAGAUGGUGCCCAGUUCACCCUCUCCACCCCCUCCUCCCCGCAUUUACAAGCCCUGUUUCGUGUGCCAGGACAAGUCCUCUGGCUACCACUACGGGGUCAGCUCCUGUGAGGGCUGCAAGGGAUUCUUCCGGCGCAGUAUUCAGAAGAACAUGGUGUAUACCUGCCACCGAGACAAGAACUGUCAGAUCAACAAGGUGACCCGUAAUCGCUGUCAGUACUGCCGGCUGCAAAAGUGCUUUGAGGUUGGCAUGUCCAAAGAAGCGGUGCGUAAUGACAGGAACAAGAAGAAGAAGGAUGUGAAGGAGGAGGUGGUGUUGCUGGAGAGCUAUGAGCUCAGUGGAGAACUGGAAGAGCUAGUCAACAAAGUCAGCAAGGCCCACAAAGAUACCUUUCCCUCACUUGUCCAGCUGGGCAAAUACACUACAAACUCCAGUGCAGACCACCGUGUACAGUUGGAUCUGGGGCUGUGGGAUAAGUUCAGUGAACUCUCCACCAAGUGCAUCAUCAAGAUAGUGGAGUUUGCCAAGCGCCUGCCAGGCUUCACCACCCUCACCAUCGCUGACCAGAUCACUCUCCUCAAAUCAGCCUGUCUGGAUAUACUGAUGCUGAGGAUCUGCACUCGCUACACUCCGGAGCAGGACACAAUGACCUUCUCCGACGGGCUGACCCUUAACCGGACCCAGAUGCACAACGCAGGCUUCGGCCCUCUCACAGAGCUGGUGUUUGCCUUUGCUGGCCAGCUGCUGCCUCUGGAGAUGGACGACACAGAAACCGGCCUCCUCAGCGCCAUCUGCUUGAUCUGUGGAGACCGUAUGGACCUGGAGGAGCCCCAGAAGGUGGACAAGCUACAGGAACCCCUCCUGGAGGCCCUGAAAAUCUACGCCCGCCGCAGACGCCCCAACAAGCCCCACAUGUUCCCCCGCAUGCUGAUGAAGGUCACCGACCUCAGGGGCAUCAGCACCAAGGGUGCUGAGAGAGCCAUCACUCUGAAGAUGGAGAUCCCAGGCCCCAUGCCUCCUCUGAUCAGGGAGAUGCUGGAGAACCCCGAGGCCUUUGAGGACAGCAGCGACUCUGGAGACAGCGCCUCCGCCCCCCCUGCCAUCCAAGCCAUCAAGAAAGAGAGGGAGGAGAAGAGCCUCGAGGAGGAAGAUGAGGAUGAGGAGGACGAGUGGGGGGACGAGGAGAGGGAGAGGGGGGCGGACAGCGAUGGGGAGCCCUGGGGGGAGGCUGCAGCGGCAGAAGCGGUGUCCCAGAAAGGGGCAACUGGGAGAUCCCAGUGAGAGUGACAUAGUGAUGCACUCUGACCCAUUCUCGUCACCUCCUAUUCCACCACCCUCAGACAGACCAACACUCCCUGUCCUAUCCUUACAAACCCACCAAGUCAUCU